GCCAAAGUUUUAUUGAUAAAUAAUGCGUUGCGCUUGAUUUUUAUUAUUUUGAAGUUAACCAAGACAAGAAGUAAACUUUUAAAGUAAAUUAUGUUCGUAGUGUUAAGUUAAAGUCGUGUUCAAGUUCGCUUUCUUGGUUUCGCCGGAUGUCACAGAAAUAAACUUCUGUAGUAAAUAAAACCUGAUAUUCUUGAAAAUGUCAGAAAAUAAUAAAAAGAAAACCGGAAGUUUCCGGAAGUUGUUUCCAAAUUUAUUUUUCUCGAGUAAAACAAGAGGAAAGACGAGCAAAGAUUCGAAGUCGACCUUGAAAUGUAACGCUGAUUUGUCAAUAAGCAAUCAAUAUCAGAGCCCACGAUCGAUAAGAUCAGAUAAGUAUGCUCAAGGAGACGAUAGCGAGCGAAUAUAUGAAAAUUUAACGACAACAAACAUACAAUCCGAUAAUGAAACCUUGAACAUCGAUAUACCGAGCAAUCAUUCGUCGAGUAGCACGCUUGUUUCUGAGAGUGUCAAAAAUAGAAAUCUCCAUUUAAACGAACCGGUUGCACGUUUCGUCGGAAAAGAGUGCUCGCAUUACGCGGCCAGACCGCAGGUACCUCCGAAGCCCCAGAACGAAAUGGUUCAUCCGACGGCGAACACUAAUUACGAUAAUUCACUCUACCCAGACGUUUAUUACCAUUCACUCGAGAAGCUGUCUGAUAAAAUAUCGCCUUUGGAUGAAAUUGAAAUUUAUAAGGCGUCGCAGGCUCAAGUGAAUCCUGCAUCUGUUGGUGCUGAAAUAAAAAGAGUCAGCACAAAAUUCUUAAUAUCUCCGAAAAAAGAAGCAGAAGUGCGUACUAUACAGCCGACUAGAGCUCGAAGCCUGUCUCUAGAAAAGGAAGGAAAUUGUCAUGAAGUAAAAAAGGAAGUAAGCCAGACAAAUGUGAAGAAACCAUAUAAUUACUCAGCACCGACGUCUCCAAUGCCCGUAACUCAUAAGAUACCAUCCAUGCCUAAGACGGUUUCUCCAUACGGCCAUUUGAGAAGAAACAUGAUCGAAAUCGAGGAAAAAAGGAAUUCGUUGAACAGAACCGGUCAACGCAACAGACCUUUGUCACCAUCAAGAUCGGAUUUUAAUUACCAGUCUACUCCUACAUCACAAAAUGAAGGGCCUAGACCUGAAGAAAACGAAAAAGAAAAAACGAGGCAAAAAGUUGAAGCGUUUUACUGGCAAAAAUUGAGAGAAAUGCGCCAGAAAGAAGAUGAAUAUUUGCUUAAGCAGUCACUAAGAGGUUCUGCUCGAAAUGCUUCUACAUUAUCGAAUUGUAGUUCUCCGAAUUCAUUUACUGUAGAACCUAGAAGCUACAGCCUCCCACGUGGUCAAGAUUUCCGAAGUUACACGAAACAACCAGUUUAUGCUCAAGCUUCUUUUAAAAGAGGAGCCCCCGAAAGACGCACUGAUACUUUUAUAAAAAAUCGUUCCUCUAUGGAACCAGAAAUCAUUUAUAGGAAUCCAGAAAAAUUACUUACUUUAUCGCCCAUUUCAUUGCAAGAAAGGAGAGUGUUUCAACCUGAUAUGCACAAUAAACAAGUUAAUCUUGAGGAACAAAACGUCAAAAACAACAAAGUUAAUUACUUAGGACAUAAUCCCAGGAAAGUGUUGAGUGCUCCACAGUGUGUUAAUUUGACUGAUAAUGUAAGGACUCCACCCUUGCCUCCUGUUAGAACAACAAGUGUUGGUGCCGGAAAAAAAACGCAUGUCAUAAACAAUACGAAAUUAAUUCAUUUACCUGGAGGAGGCCAUUCUGUAUAUUCAGAGUCGGAGAGUGGCUCGGAAGCUGGCGAAAUACAGAGAAUUUUCAACGAAAAUUCAAAAAAAGAAGAUGACUGGCACGGAGAUAGCUCUCGGAUUGAUGGGGGAUUGUCGGAUGGCGAGGCGAGCCGAGGUCCUGUCAGAGGACGCCCAUCUCGACGCGACGACCCGCGAAGACACACCCUCGCGGGGAACCACUUAUAUGUGCACCCACAUCACCCUGCACAGAUCAACUCGCUCGAGAUGGAGCUACCCAGGAGCGGACAACGGUCAGCUAAGCCUUCGGAAUACGCAUCUGUAAUGAAGCCUCGGGCUAGCGGACAAAGCCGUGUCUCUGACCCGAGAAUGAGGAAGCCUCCCCUGCCACGGAGCUAUCCGCCACCCACCAACAGUCUUCUAUACGACGAAGACCCUGGAAUCAUGUCGGAGGUCGAGACGGCGUCCACUGGCUUCAGGAGGGGAGGAAAGCAGAGGUCCUCUUUACCUGUAGUCAGGACGCCGAGCAAGACGCUGGAGAGACCGCUCGGUUUGGUGUUCCUGCAGUACAGAAACGAAACCAAGCGUGCCCUCCUGCCAAAUGAAAUAACAUCAAUCGACACAGUUAAAGCUUUAUUUGUUAGAAGUUUCCCAAAACAACUUACUAUGCAAUAUAUGGACAGCCCUAUGGUUAAAAUCUACAUUCACGACUCAUCCAAGGACAUGUUUUACGAACUCGAAGACGAACGGGCUCAUCUUCAUGACAUCCGGGACCGUUCUGUGCUGCGACUUUUUGAAGCAACCGACAUAGGAGGAGGAGCAUUCCCCGGUGUCGUCGGCGUGGGAUCAUUAGCUAUGCCACCGCCUGCAGCCAAUUGCUCAGGCCCUAGCAGCUGGGAUCAGGACCAGAGCUACUUCAGCGAGCCUGAAAUAGACUCCGAGUAUCACCAUCAGCAUGUCCACAAAACUAAGGUGAAGGCACCAGCUUACUAUAUGGGGAACCAAGCUCCAAGUACGCUGCCUCGUGGUGGCUCCAUGCUGCGGGCCUUCUCUCCAGCCGGCCCCCCCGUCCCCGCAGACCGAGUGAAGACCAUCCCCGUAACAGGUCCCUCGCCGGCCAAGCCGUUGCGUGCAUACGUUCCGGGGGGCGGGUCGGAAAGAUGUUUCCCCUUCACGGCGCCUGAUUGCGCCCGGGCCGCGGAACAACUAUACACGAUCCCCGGUCAUUCGGAUGGCUACAUGUCAUCCCCUGAGCGGAGUAGCAACAGGCAACCCUAUGAAGAUCCGUACUACACCCAGUUCCUGGGACCGGCUGCGGGCAGACCAGCUAUCGCACCUAUCAUUGAUGAGGAAGCAGGCGAUACGUUGAUAAUCGACGACGCGUAUCAGAUGUACGGGGUGAAUCCGAUCACCACGGCGCCCCGUCCAAUGCCUCGACCUCCUUAUGAUGCAAGGAUUCCGCCCCCAGUCGAUGAGCUGCAGCGGAUCCGUGUUGAAAAGAUGGAACGUCAACUGGCUAACUUGACUGGUCUGGUCCAAAAGGCACUGCAGGUCCCAGGACCAUCUACUGCUACGCCUCCGACAGCAGCGCCAAGACAGGAGCUCCAGAAUUAUGGGGCAGCUCGACAAGGAGCAGGACAAGAUGCCGCGAGUUUUACCAGCAACGGGAGACUUCCCAAAUUAGGGAGGGAUAAAUUUCAGAAAUCCGUGUCCUUCGAAAAGUCAGUGUCGUUCAGUGAUGAUCCGCCAGACAUGAAUUCGCCCAAACAACAUUCGCCUCAGCACUCAGCUGAUACAAAACCUGCAAAACCGGCAAUCAAAUCAUCGACAUUGCCGAGGACAUCCUCUCAAGAGCGUGAUCGCUUGAAGCCGGCUCCUCCACCGAAGCCAGCUGGACUGGUCGGCAAGCAGAAUCCAAUGGGACCGCAGAAGAUUUACACCAUCAAUGUGACUUCGGAUUUCUUCGGGCAAUUGCGGGUGUUGCAGAAACAGAGCCGCGACCUGAGGAUCGAGACCCGCAAUUUGCGUCGUUCGACCUUGACUCACGCGAUACAGAUGAGGCAGAUGAUGGCCGAGACCAUUGUCAAGAUCGGGGAGCUGGCCGCUACAUUCUGCGAUCAAAAUCCGGACGCGCAACUGACUCGCGAGGAGGAGAUGUACCGUCAGGACAUGCUGCUACUGGAGAAUGAUCUGUACGAGCUGGAGGCUACCGUCGAACGUCUUCGCGGUCAAGCUGCUAAUAGUAGGGAGACUCGGGUCAAUAUGGCGGACAUUGAACGCAUCGCGAUGGUGCUAUCAAAGAGCAGCAAGACAGUUGCUGAUUGGAAGCUUAAAUUCCCCGUGCUCCAAGACACAAUGAAGACCAAGCUGUCUGCUGAAAUGGAGAAGGUGGUGCGUAAGGAGAAGAUCCUGGAAGACGAACCGGAACGCCUCGAGCUCGCUCUACGUCGUUGUAAGAAGCUCACCGGAACACUCGUCACUCUCAAGAGGUUGGCCUGUGUUCAAGAGCAACGUCUCCCGAUGAACGAUGGUCGCAUCUCACCCGAAUCAUCCCAAAGCUCCACUUUCACGGCUUGCCCUUCCUCCGAGGAUUUCAACUCGGACAGCACCUGUCCUAUGGUGACCGCUCACAACAACAAGGGGUCCGGGUGUGCUGGACGAGGCGGCCAGGGACGCGGAGCAGCAGAUGUACGUCCAGAGAACGCACUCGACGCUCUUUUAGACGAACUGCAAACAUUCGCAAAACCGUGCGAGCGCGGAGGUAGGGGCGAAGGGCCACUGCGGCGUCUGCAUUCGUACCCGAGCGGCAGCGACACCGACGCCUCACCGCCGGUACGAGCCCGGGGACAGCACCCACCCAAGCCCCCGGUCCCGGAGCGUCACCCAGAGCUGCUCGCCAUGGCCGCCCGCCGUGCCCCUCCGCCUCCGCCACCUCGCACCACCUCACGCUCGCCAUUAGCCUCGCCCACUUCACCCUCUUCACCACCCCGAGACGACUCUGAAUCUUGCCCCACGGAUCCGAAUGCCACUGACGAUAAGGCAGCCGCACGACAAAACCUUCUCGAACAGCGCCAUCAGGAAUUACUCAAGAAACAAAAAGCUCUCCAGGAACAAUAUGCCCGAUUGCAAAUGAUCCAACGCAGCGGACCCACGUUGCCCCCGAAUGCGCAACCAGACUUGAAGAAGACCGGCAGCGAAUCGAACCUCCUCACCAAGAUGAAUUUAAAUCUGGCACCAGCUAAUCUCUCCGGGAGCAUGACUCACCUGGCCAGCGAUUGCAAGAACAACAUCAUGGAACGCGCACCGUUCGAGAAGAAUUCACAAAACGUGUCCAACAGUGAAACGAUCGCGACUACGAACAAAGUUUAUGAGACAGAUAUCCUGUGACCCAGCGGUCGUUAUGACGUCGUGUCUGUAUGAUUUAUUUAAAACAAUUAUCUUAUGUUAAAAUUACAUAUUUUUUCAUCUCGUUUAAGGCACUAAGAUCUGCGUGAAAACGCCGGUAGAUGUAAGAUUUUCUUAAGUUGACACCGAACAAGUAUUAUUGUUGGUUCAGUUUUAGUUACUAUAAUAAUAAUUUUCAUCUAAAUGUUUAUCGACCAUUUGCGGAUACUAACGAACAAAGCUUAAACUGAUUGACUACGGCGUGAUUCUGGAAACUGAUCUCUCUCCUGUCUCUUUAUUGCUUCCCUGUAUUUACAUGUGCAUUAGGUUCCCGAAGCAAAUCCGGUGCGAUAACGUCACUUUUGCAAAUUAAAUAAUUUUUCAGGAGAAACAUUGGAAAAUUCAACAUCUUACAGUUCUUAUAUAGACUAGACUAAAGAAAUGAAAACAAUAAUAUUUAAACUAAAACUUUAAACUUCAUCAGUAAAAGCAAACAUCUCACUGAUAUCUAUUAAAAAAUGUAUUUUCUCAUACUCAAUACAGUUGUAAUAAAAAUUGGAUAAUUGACUUUAUAGAGCACCGUAGUAUGUGCGAUAUGUUUACGUGUUCAAUGCACGCUACAGACUGCUUCACACGAGACCGAGAGCACAAAUGCACAUACGAAAUACAAGUAAUGGAGAGAUAGAAGUAACAUUAAUAAUUAUAAAUUAAUCAAAUUAAUAUUAAAUAUAUGUGUGGAUUCAUAGAUUAGCUCACCUCUGCAGGUUCAAGUCGGUGUUCACGUUACUCUUGUAGAUGUACCCUUAAUACAUUAUUUGAGCGAAUGAGUGAAUGGAAGCGGUUCUCUACCGACAUUUUGCUCCUUUGCUUGUACUGUAUAUACUAUCUAUAUUGUAAUAUGUUAUAUAUCACUAUUUUAGAAUAAAUUGUACCCCUUGAAUAGUUCACUAUAUCUAUAUAUUAUAUUAUAUAAAAUAAUAUUAUUGUAUAAGUGCCAAAUUUACUUUUUCUUCGCUAUGAAUUGCAACGAUUCGAAAUCGAUUUGAUAAGAUCCCUGGAGUAAUUUACAACGAAUUCAUUGUAAUGACGUUUAUGGAUUUGUUACGUGCUAAUUACUUUUACUUGGGAACUAUUUAAUAUUUUUGACGGCUCAAUAAAGCUGAUAUAUUGAUACGACUGUGAUAAAGAUUACCGUUCUAAUGAAAUGCAUAUGAAUUGACUUUGCUAAUAUUUCUUUUCCACCUACACAUUCAAGGCACUUUCGUCACUGUGAAAACUAUAAUCGCGCAAAAUUAAACUGAAAAUCAGAUAUGUUAUUAAUUUGAUCGUUCAGACAAAAACAUUCUGUGAAAUUAGAUUUAUUUUUACAUAAUUACAUUCGGCAGUAAAAUAAUGUCGCUUAAUAGAAAUAAAUUGGUAGGAAAGUAAUAAAAUUACUAGUCGAAAAAAUUUUCGAGAUUCCCAAUCAUUAUACAGGAUGAAGUAAGUAGCUUCGGUAUGAAAUAUUUGUCUGCUUCUUAAACAACGCAUACUCGCACUAAAACCGUCAUUAAUAUUACUAUAGUCAUACAUUUACAAUUUCGUAACAUCCUUACUACAAAAAUUAUUACUUUUUGGACGUAAAUAUGAAUUUUCACGUACAUAAUUUCAACGCAUUACAUUCCGCAAUAUGUGGUCCUGAUAUUUCAAUUAGAUUUGUUUAUUUUAUGUACAAUUUUAAUGAUUUCGUGGAUAAUCAGUUCGAUUGAAAUCUAAAAACACGUUCCGUUUUUUUCACGCUUUUGCAAAUAAUUCUUCAUAGUAAGGAUAUUACUUUGUCAUUUUGAAUGAAUAAUGAUAUAACGAGUGAUAUUGUUGUGUAGAUUCAUUAAAAUAUUCUUAUUUUUAGACUUGAAAUUAUAUUAUAUCUGCAUUAGGCAACGUAUAUAGAAUUAGGAAACUUAUUACGUCAGAGAUAGUUCUUAUUUCCUACCGGAUUCCAUGUGCCAAAAUUGUUCUGAAACUAUUACUACAAAAUCUUCUUUCUACAAAAUUUUGCGGAUAUCUUGUACUUUUCUUGAAAAAAAAAAAACAUAAUAUUCGUGUAACUAAAAAAAUCGAAAAAGAUAUCAAGACUUCUAUGUCUAAAUUGACUAUUUUAUUAAAAAAAAAAUGGAAAAUGCUUUAAUUUGAUAUUUUGACAAACCCCACCACUCAUUUCGCUUCUCUGACGUAAUAAUAUUAUGUUAUACGAAAUAAAUAUUCACGCUUCUCGGUGUCCGUUGCAAUCAGAAACUUCAAAGUAAUAGUAACAAUUAAAUGAGUAUGCACAAACAAACAAGCACUUAGACGAUUUGGAAUAAGUUACAUUACCGAAAGCGAAUUAAUGAUAUAAUUAUAUUUUUUGCUUUUCGAGCUUAAUCGCUGGACUUUACAAAAUAUGUGUGUAGUUCAAUUAAAUUGUUACUCAGUAUAGUCGGUAGCUUCUUAUCUAAAUGUGUGUUACACUUUUAUCGAAAUAGAUAACAGUCGUGUAAUGAUCAACUUAAUGUAUUUCAAUAAGAUCGAUUUUCUAUCCGCAGCUGUCAAACGCAAUGAUUUUAGACAAUACAAAUUGAAAAUGCAAUUUCAAAAAGAGCACAUCUCUAAAAAUGUAAAAUGUUCAGGAAAUGAAAAAAACUAAUUAUUUUCUAAAGCAGUGUAAAAUUUAAAAUAUUAACUAUUGAGAUAUAUUUUCGU